AUGUUGGCACUUGGCAAAAGAUAUGAAGCAUGCGCAUGGUCUUUUAUUGACGGGAUUCGUGAUCUCGCGAUGAGUAAUCCAGAUGAUAUCCCUAGCAGGCUUAAGGGGAAGAAUGUAGCACGACUUGUGUGUUGUAUUCUCGGACUAGGGUCUGUCGUGGCAUGGAAUGCAAUGCUUACCAUCACUGAUUACUAUUAUCAAGUUUUUCCGAAAUAUCAUCCUUCGAGGGUGCUGACAAUAGUUUACCAAUUGGUUGCGAACGUGUUUAUAUCAACACUUGCUUAUAAAGAAGCUAAGCUUAGUACCCGAUUUCGUAACAUUUUCGGAUACAGUCUCUUUACCGCGGGAACAUUUUGUCUUAUUAUUUUGGAUCUUGCUUCGCAUGGCAGUGGAAGCGUAGGAGCAUAUGUUGUGUUGUGUUUGAUCAGUUCUCUUUUCGGAUUUGCUGAUGCUUUUGUACAAGGUGGAAUGGUUGGAGAUUUGUCCUACAUGUGCCCUGAAUUCAUCCAGGCGUUCAUGGGCGGUUUAGGCAUAGCUGGAGCUCUAACCUCCGGUUUUAGGCUUAUUACAAAAGCAAUCUUCGACAAGUCUUCUAAUGGUCUCCGAAAAGGCGCUAGAAUAGCGACUUUCAUCGAGUUAGCAUGUCUACUUCUAUAUGUGUUUGUCUUCGCUAAGCUCCCUAUAGUAAAAUAUUACCGUGCCAAGGCCGGGAAAGAAGGAGCCAAAUCCGUCGCCGCCGAUCUUGCUGCCGCCGGCCUCCAAGAACAGGCUCAACAGAUUCAAAAAAUGGACGAGACCAAGAUCAUAAGACUAACCAAGAAGCAACUGUUACGGCAAAACAUUGAUCAUGGAAUCAAUCUAUUCUUGAUUUACGUCGUCACACUAUCAAUUUUCCCAGGAUUUCUUUACGAAAACACCGGAGAACAUCGGUUAGGCGAUUGGUAUGCACCGGUCCUAGUAGCCAUGUACAACGCAUGGGACUCGAUCUCGAGGUUUAUUCCCUCAAUCAAAUUUCUAGCAAUGGGAUCAAGAAAAUGGAUCACGGUUUUUGUUCUUGCCCGUUUCUUGCUCAUACCUGCCUUUUACUUUACCGCAAAAUACGCCGAUCAAGGAUGGAUGAUUUUCCUCACAUCUUUCUUGGGAUUGACUAACGGCUAUUUAACUGUUUGUAUCUUCAGCAAUGCACCAAAAGGUUACAAUGGACCGGAAUCGAAUGCAUUAGGCAACUUGUUGUGCGUGUUUCUACUGGGAGGUAUCUUCGUUGGUGUUUGUUUGGGUUGGCUUUGGCUCAUUGGCCACGGCUCCUUUUAG